UUCACACCGGACAUCACUCAAGCUGCUAUAAUCAUACUCAUAUUUGAGCGAUACCAUGACGACCGCACAUAGACCCACUUUCGAUCCCGCGCGAGGAAAGGAAGCCGCCCGUGGCGAAGCAUAUCAUCAGCGCCUGUUGCCUGCGCAUAAAAUCCUCAAAUUUCGUCAAGCCACUCAAGGCGCGCCAGACGAGCAAGCUCGGCGUAAUUUGCGCGCUGAGCUCCUCCGAGCCGAGGCAAAGCAUUAUGCGAAAAAAGAAGGACGCGAAUACAUUGAGGAAGAAUCGAUUGAUGUGCCAUCGAAAACGCUGCAGCUCGAAGAUGGUCCAGCGUCUCCCGGAGGCACGAAGCGGAAGCUGGUAGACGGGACUUCAGGAUUUGACAAUUCCGAAGGCUUCGAGCCAGAGGAAGAUUACGAGGCGAAGAAACGGCGCGUACUAGAGGAAACUCGGGACAUCGACGCAGAUUCAGAGUCGUCAGAAGAGUCGGAUGAAGAAGAGUCGGAAUCGGAUGAAGAGUCGGAUGAUGAAGAAGCAGAAUUACGUCGUGAGUUGGCUAAGAUAAAAGCGGAGCGUGCAGAGGCCGCUGCGAAAGCCGCUGCAGAACAGGAAAAGAAGGAUCAAGAGCAACGCGAGAGGGACAUAGCGCUGGGAAAUCCACUACUAAACCCACAAAAGGAGGACUACGGUGUGAAGCGUCGAUGGGACGAUGAUGUGGUUUUCAAGAACCAAGCUAGAGGAACGGACGAGCGUGGCAAGGAGAAGCGCUUUGUGAACGACCUUCUCCGCAGUGACUUCCACCGCCGAUUCAUGGACAAGUACGUUCGUUGAUAUUGCUUCGACUAUACAACAGCCUCCAGGAGGGAGUGCGAGCUAUGUAUUCUGCCCAUUGGCGAGUCAUUCGUGGGAUCACAGUUUGGUGG